AUUAUGUCACAGAAUAUUUUUAGCACAAAGCAACAUAUAGCUUAACACAUAGGAAAUAUAUCACUCCCCUUUUAAACCAUAAAAAAAAAAAGCCCUUUUAUAUAUUAAUUAUGGUUUGUGAAAUAUUUAGUGAACAAAUAGGGAGCAGCUGGGGAUUUAUUGAAGAAGUUGGAUGGAGAAAAGGGCCCUGGACUACUGAUGAAGACAGAUUACUUAUUGAAUAUGUCAAGUUGCAUGGUGAAGGCAGGUGGAAUUCUGUUGCUAGGCUUACAGGGUUGAGAAGAAAUGGGAAGAGUUGUAGGUUGAGAUGGGUAAAUUACUUGAGGCCAGACUUGAAGAGGGGGCAAAUAACCCCACAUGAAGAGAGGAUCAUUCUAGAGCUUCAUGCUAGAUGGGGCAAUAGAUGGUCAACUAUUGCUCGAAGCUUGCCCGGAAGAACUGAUAACGAGAUCAAAAAUUACUGGAGAACGCAUUUCAAGAAGAAGAUUAAGAACUUAUCUGAUAACUCUGAGAAAUUACGAGUACGUCUAUGGAAAAAACAACAAUUCCAACAACAACAACAACUCAACAAUCAAAUCAACAUCAAAAACAUCAUGUCAUUACCAACUAUGCCUCAACCAAAACAAGAAAUGACCAUUUUGUACCCAAACAACAUAAUUGAUCAACAAGAGCAAGUUGACUUCUUCUACUCAAUGCUCAAUAAUAACUCCACUUCUGUAUCACAGUCUGAACCCUCUUCAUCAAAUGAAGAUAUCAUCUGGGAUGACUUAUGGAACUUGGAUGAUUUUUAUGGCCAUUUUAUCAACACUACAACUUAUGACAAAACCAACACUACUCCUUGCCUACAACCUAUGGUUACUACUCCAGCUUUCUAUUAAAUCCUCAAGCAAAUCACUAGAAAUAAUUUCCCUCUUUCAAUCCUAAUUUUGUCCGUGUUUGUGGGAACUAUAAGUUACAUGUUCGAUUUGUGAAAUCAGCUAUUAAUACUAGCAUUAGGGCGGACAAAUUACACUACAUCUCAAACGGGAUGCAACUCACUCUUUCCUGGAUCUUACAUAAAUGCUUCAUGCACCGAACUGUACUUUUUGUUUACUACUUGUUGCUAGUUGGGAAUUAACCAAAGAAAGUUGAUUGUCCAACCAAGAGAGAUAUUACAAUUUGUUCUGGAUUACAUAUGAAGGUUCAAUAAUUUGUAAGUCUCUUA